AUGGACGUCAAAAGCAUUGAAGAUGGUUCAUUUGUUCUAGAGAGAACAGAGUUCCUCAUUGGCAGCGUCAUUGAUGCAGUGGUAAGCCAAGUCAUGUUGGUGGUGAGAGAGAGAAAUCUUCAGCUCAUCCGUAACAUUCCCAAGGAGAUCAAAUCCAUGGCUGUCUACGGUGACAAUAUAAGGAUCCAACAGGUUCUGGCAGAAUGUCUGCUAAGUAUGGUCCGUUAUGCACCCAUGGAAGGCUCAGUGGAAUUCCAUCUACGCCCGAAUCUUAAACAAAUGGCUGACGGGUUCUCUGCUAUACGAUUAGAGUUCAGAAUGGCGUGUGCAGGGGAAGGUAUACCGCCAGAGAAAGUGCAAGACAUGUUCCAUAGUAGCCGAUGGACAAGUCCAGAAGGAUUAGGGCUAAGCGUUUGCAGAAAGAUUCUUAAGCUGAUGAACGGAGAGGUUCAGUAUAUAAGGGAAUUCGAACGCUCUUAUUUCCUAAUCGUUAUCGAACUCCCGGUUUGUCUGAUGAUGAUGAUGCCUUCUUAG